GACGUCGUUCUGGAACAUAUCCCCUAAAGAUCCGGAAGACAGAUCAGUCCCUAGGAUUCGCCGACUUGAGGCGCAUUUAUUUCGAUUCGUCUUCACUCACGUUUCUAUUGCGGCUUUCACAACAACAAAAACCGCAUCUCAUCUGUCUCUUUAUUGUCCUUAUUGACCGCUGAAUGCUCUGCUUCGAUUCUUCGAAUCUUUGCAGGAUUAGUGACAGGUUUAUACACAUAAACCGCUUAUUUUAAAACAAUGGGGAUCGACACCAUGAAAGAAUCAUCAUGGUUUACUUCUAUCUGGAAGCCUUCACGUAAACCCGCAACUUUAGUUCCCGAAAAACCCAUUAUCGGAAUCAUGUCAUUUGAAGUCGCGAGAUUAAUGACAAAGUCAGCUAACUUAUGGCAGGUUUUAAGCGAUAAACAAAUGUCAAGAUUAGAAGAAGAGCUCACUAAUUCCCUCGGCACUCUAAAUCUCGUUUCCGAUAAUCACGAUUAUCUCAUGGAGCUUGCGUUACUCGAGAUCGUUGACAACAUUAAAUGUGUCGCGAAAGGUGUUUCUCGGCUCGGGAAAAAGUGCACGGAUCCGGUUUAUCGUAAUCUUGAUCAUGUUUUCGAUAAUCCGAUCGAGAUUGACGGUAAUUGGUGCGGGUGGGAGUAUAAGUUAAAGAAAAUGGAGAAACGGGUUAAGAAAAUGAAGAGAUUCGCUGCGGUUACGUUACAGUUAUGCGAAGAACUCGAAGUGUUAUCCGAGCUCGAGAAUGGUUUAAAACGAUUGCAAGAUAACAACUCGAAUCAAAUGAAGUUAAACGAAUUUGAGAAGAAAGUCGCGUGGCAACGCGAAGAAGUCAACGGUUUGCGAGAAAUGUCUGCAUGGAUUCGUACGUAUGACUACACUGUCAGGUUACUGUUAAGAUCGCUUUUCACAAUAGUCGAACGGGUGAAGGUUGUUUUCGGAAUUUCAACCAAGUUUGUUACCCCGGGAGUAAACGAUUUCCACGAUGGACGACGUUUGAUUCGUAGUACUUCCAUUUCUGCCCUUUCGAGUUAUCCGGCUAAAAACUCGAUUCAUCGAUCAUUAUCGAAUCUCGGAUACAAACAAAGAAAGAGUCUUCAUAUGCACCAUCGUUCAAGUGUCUUUUGUGGGACCCAAACGCCAGUGACGACAAAAAGUUUGACUCAAAUUGGACUUUUGAAAAAAUGCAUGACACCUGAUCUUGACUCGCCAAAAGUCAACGCUACAAUUGAAAACGCUGUUAACAUCGUAUUAAUUCCCCAUAAAGGUUUAUCAAAGGGUCAAAACGGUCGAAAACCGACACUUGGUGGUGCGGCUUUAGCUCUUCAUUACGCAAACGUAAUCAUAUUUAUCGAGCGAUUAGCUAUAUCGCCUCACUUCAUCAGCCCCGAGUCACGUGAAGAUUUAUAUCACAUGUUAACCACAAGUAUCAAGAACUCACUUAGAGAAAAACUUAGUUUUGAGUCUAAGAACGAUUAUAAUCGCGAUGUUGCAUCCGAUUGGAGUUCGUCGAUGCAAAUAACACUCGAAUGGUUGGUACCGCUCGCUCAAAACAUGAUCAAAUGGCAUUCUGAGAGGAAUUUUGAGAAGCAGGGUAUGGGUUCUGGAGGAAAUGUGCUUUUGGUGAAUACAUUGCAUUAUGCUGAUCAAGAAAAAAGUGAAGAUGCGAUUACGGAUCUUGUUUUGGGUCUUCAUUAUGUUUCGAGAUUUGGUAGAGAGAUUAAUAGUAAAGCUUUUGUGGGGUCUACUUGUGAUACGGGUUGUGACGAUUAUUUGUUUCAUGAUAAUAUUGUAUGACUGGUUUCGGGUGUUUAGAAAGUUCGGUUAUCUUGACAAAACGGCAUGCGAUGAUCUUCGAGGUAUUUUACUUAAUUGACCGAAAGAUCUGGUUUUACUUAACUUUGAUAAUAUUGUUUUCUCUGUAGAUGCAUAGAUGUCUUUGUAAAUAACAUUUUAUACAGCUUGUGUUUGGAUUUUAUCUUUUUAUGUAAUUUAGUUUUGCGCGA